AUGACCAGCUCCCUGCGACUCCGACUCGGCUCAGGUGUGCAGCUCCUUGCGCUUGCCUGGGUCGCGGUCGUCUCCUCCCAGAGCACGACUGGGACAUGCGACAACGAUGGCCUCUUCAACUCGUCGACGAACAGCUGUUCUUGCCCGUCCGGGUUCGGCGGCGCGAACUGCUCCCAGCUCGUCUGCUCCAACCCGAUCGCCAGCACCUCCUCGCGUGCUCCGUUUAACAUAGCACUCGCCGGUUCGUCUGGUAGCACUGGAUGUGCGGCCCAAUGCACGGCGGGGUGGUCGGGCCUGAUGUGCUCCAUUGCCAACGGCAGCUCGACCUGUCUCGCCGCGCUCACCAACAAUCUCGGCGUGUCGGGGCAGACGUUCACCACUUCAGGUGUCUACGACGACAUCGUGCACAACUCGGGAGCGUAUGUGUGGACCGAAGGGUACACAUACUGUGAUGUAGUGGUAUGUUGACGCUUCCCUGUGUAACUUUGGGGGCUCCAGAGCUCCUGUCUCGGCGUGGCGCCGUGUCGGAUCCUGAGACUACCCUCUGUCGAUCACCGGGACUUCGUCCUGGCAGUUUUUCCAACGCUGACAAAAGGAUUCACCGUCCACCCCGACUACGGCUUCGUCCUAUGCAGAAUCCAACGCUGCAAGCCGUCUAUGCUGGUACCACAGCCCUGGUGUUUCAGAACUCGUUCGACACGGCCGAUUCGCUCUACGCCAAGUCGUCGGUGCCGAACAGGGGCAUGCAGGCCACGCUGUUCUACGCCGCGCCGACGGGCAACACGACCCUCAUUGAGCAGUUCUACUGUGCUGCCGACACGUGUACCCAACAAAAUGCGACUACGAAUGGCAAGACGACGGUGACCUGGCAGUGCUUGAACCUCAAGUUAGUCGGGGCUCUCUCUUUGAACUUCUCUCCUGUCUCAUGGUGAUCACCGCAUUAGCGCGUUUGCAAACCUUAGACCCUAUUGCUUACCGCGGCCCAUCAAAUCACUUUUUGCGCAUGUGCAGAUGUCGCUGCAUUCCGGGCACUCAAUUUUGCGGAACAGGCGCACUCGAUCUCACUGACACCAUUGGUGGCCUCAACGGUGGCAUCGAGGUCACGUGCGAUGGCGAUGGCCCCGUUUGCGACUUCAAACAGAGCGUGCUUCAAACGAUCUUUGGUGCCCAAGGGCUGGAACUCAACUCGUGCCAACACAGCGAGUGCACACGAUCCGCGACGAUCGCGACGCUUGCUGCUCAGCGUGUCAACGAUUCGACCACUGCGGGCGCGGGACUCAGCCACGGUGUCAUCAUCGGCUUGGCCAUCGUUGGCGCUUUCAUCGUUGCUCUGCUUGGGUGUUUGAUUUGGGGCUGCGUCGUGCAGAAGAAGGCGAGAAGAGCCGCAACGGCGUUGGCGGACGACCAGCAGGAUGGCGCGGUUGGUAUGCACUGGUCGGGACUCAGCUAUACGCUGCCACAGCGACGAUUCGGCGUGCUCGGUCAACGACGUCGAGCAGGACGCGUUAUCUUAGAUAAUCUGAGUGGCAGGGUGCAACCUGGAACGUUGUGCGCCAUCCUCGGUCCGACCGGCGCCGGAAAAUCGACCUUUGUCGAACUCCUCGCCGGCAAACGCAAGAACGGCAUCACUACGGGCAGCAUUCACCUUGUGCUUGCCCAGGGUGCUCGUUCCCGCAAGGUCCAGGUCGGAAUCGUGGACCAGCAUGACGUGCUCCCUGCAACCGCGACCGUUCGGGAAUGCCUUCAUUUCGCUGCGGAACUUAAGAUGCCCGAAACCACGACCCCGUCCGAGAGGAAGGAACGCGUGUGCGAGGUCCUCACCCUUCUUGGUCUGAUCGAGUGCGCGGAUACGGUCGUCGGCGAUACAGAACACCGUGGAAUCAGUGGUGGAGAACGUCGUCGAGUCUCCAUCGGUUUGGAACUGCUCGCCACCCCCGCGGUUCUCAUCUGCGACGAACCCACGAGUGGCCUCGACUCGUCCGCGGCCAAGAAGGUCAUACAAGUCCUUAAAGAUCUGACCGAAGGCGUCACGGGUGUCCGUACGACCGUCAUCACCACGAUCCAUCAACCUUCGUCACCCAUGUUCAACUUGUUCGAUCAGCUCAUCCUGUUCGGCUCGAGCGGUCGGAUGAUGUACUGCGGCGACGCCCACAACGCGAGCGCCUAUUUCGCAACCCGGGGAGACCCCGUACCGUACGCGUGGAACCCGGCUGAUCACUUCCUCGAGCUCGCGGUGGCGCCAUUGCUGCAGCUUGGCAGCGGAGACACGCUUACGAGCGACGGGCACGACGAGAAGAGAAACUGGGGCGACAACACCUGCUUCAUCGACACGCCGACCGCAUCGAUGCACUCGAAACCGCAGGCCUGUGCGCUUACACAAUUCGAGGCGCUCGCCAAACGCGAGCUGCGCAAUCUGAAACGCGACCACUCUUUGGUCGUCAUGCAUGUCGGGACCGCAGCCAUCCUUGGGGCGUUCAUCGGUGGCAUGUACUUCCAGGUCGACCUCACGAUCGGCGGUUUCCAAUCACGCGUCGGAUCGCUCUUCUUUCUCGGUUCCUUGAUCGCGUUCUCGUCCUUGUCGGCGUUGUCAAACUUUGCAAACUACAGGAGCCUGUUCCUGCGCGAGCGCGCGAACGGAUACUACUCGCCCAUCUCGUGGCUCGCCUCGCGAAUCGUGUUCGAUCUCAUCCCUCUGCGCAUCAUUCCGAUCCUUAUCGUCUCUUCAAUCGUGUACUGGAUGGUUGGCCUGAGCCCCGACGCGGCCCACUUUUUCAAAUACUUGCUCAUCCUCGUGCUCUACAACAUGUCGACGGCCGUGCUCAACUUCCUGCUCGCCGCGGUCAUCACAGACACUGGCAAUGCGAUUCUAAUCUCUUCAAUUCUUAAUCUCGCUCAAAUGGUAUGCCCCGAGCUAUCAUCGCGAUGACGUGCAUGCGUGCUCAUCUUUGUGUCCGCAUUCUCGACGCAGGCUUUCGCCGGAUUCUUCAUCCACUUGGACUCGAUCCCUGCCGCGGUGCGAUGGAUCCAGUGGCUUUGUCCGUUAAAAUACCUCCUCGAAGCUUUGACCGUCAAUGGUGGGUUCUGCGUCUUCCAUCUAUCGGCAACAGGAUUGAACCAGGGCUAAUCUUGGGAACGUCUUCAUACUAUCCAGAAAUCUCGGGCGGGCUAAUGAUCGUGGACACGUUGCAAGGCGUCAAAGUCUCGAUCUCUGCCAAGGUGAUUAUGAUCUCGCUCUUCGGAUUCAACACGGAUGCCUACUAUCGAGAUGUGUUGAUCAUCGCCGCGUUCCUCAUCGGUUUCGCGACGAUCCUCACCGUCGCGGUCGUAUUCAAGCUACGAGAGAUUCGAUAG